CGCACGCCAUCUUGUUCUGAUUGUGUCAGCUUGGAGCUUGUGUUCACCACGAGGGAAAAUUUGAUUUCACUUCUUGCAAUGGCUGGGUCACCAAAGGAAAAUGAACCUUUCGACGAUGCUGUUGAAGAAAGAAUAAUCAAUGAAGAAUACAAAAUCUGGAAAAAGAAUACACCAUUUUUGUACGAUUUAGUCAUGACACAUGCCUUGGAAUGGCCAAGCCUUACAGUUCAGUGGCUACCGGACGUUACUAAGCCAGAUGGAAAAGACUACUCAGUACAUAGAAUCAUUCUUGGAACUCACACGUCAGAUGAACAGAAUCACCUAGUCAUAGCAAGUGUACAAGUCCCCAAUGAUGAUUCUCAGCUGGACACAAGCCAUUACGACAGUGAAAAGGGAGAGUUUGGAGGAUUCGGUUCUGUUACUGGUAAAAUAGACAUUGAGAUCAAAAUCAACCAUGAAGGUGAAGUGAACAGAGCACGGUAUAUGCCACAAAAUCCUUGUAUUAUAGCAACAAAGACUCCAACAGCAGAUGUGCUUGUGUUUGACUACACGAAGCACCCCUCUAAACCAGAUCCAAGUGGCGAGUGCCGUCCAGAUAUCAGACUCAAAGGUCAUACUAAAGAAGGUUAUGGCUUGUCUUGGAAUCCCAACCUUAAUGGGAAUCUGUUGAGUGCAUCUGAUGAUUACACUGUUUGUCUCUGGGAUAUCAGCAAUAUAGCCAAGGAAGCAAAACAAAUGGAAGCCCAGCGGAUAUUCACUGGCCACACAGCAGUUGUUGAGGAUGUGUCAUGGCAUCUUCUACAUGAGAGUUUGUUUGGAUCAGUUGCUGAUGAUCACAAACUUAUGAUCUGGGAUACUCGUUCAAAUAACAGCUCCAAAGCGACACACACAGUGGAUGCACACACAGCUGAAGUAAAUUGUCUGUCAUUUAAUCCAUACAGUGAGUUUAUUCUAGCUACAGGAUCUGCAGACAAGACUGUGGCUUUAUGGGAUUUAAGAAAUCUCAAACUUAAACUACACUCCUUUGAGUCGCACAAGGAUGAAAUAUUCCAAGUCCAGUGGUCACCGCAUAAUGAAACAAUCUUAGCUUCAAGUGGCACUGACAGAAGAUUGCAUGUCUGGGAUCUGAGCAAAAUUGGUGAGGAACAGUCAUCAGAGGAUGCUGAAGAUGGCCCCCCUGAGCUUCUGUUCAUUCAUGGUGGUCACACAGCCAAAAUUUCAGACUUCUCUUGGAAUGCUAAUGAACCUUGGGUACUCUGCAGUGUCUCAGAGGACAACAUCAUGCAAGUGUGGCAGAUGGCUGAAAACAUUUAUAAUGACGAGGAACCUGACACCCCAGCUUCUGAGCUUGAGUCAGGGGCAUCAUGAAAUUUCCUGCGAAAAUAGUUUAAUAGCUGGCGUAUCAUCUGUGAAAAUCUUCUUAGCAUUGUUCUUUGUUACACUAUUCUUAAAUGAAGCAGAGUUUCUCAGUCACGUAAGGGUCUGCUGCUUCUUUCGUGGAAUAACCUAGUUCUUUUAUGUAGGAAACACUUGAGCCGGUCAGAUCUAGUGAAGUUAUCUACAUUGUAAAUUCUCUCUCCUUCAACAAACCGUAAAUCAACAGGUAGAAUAACUUGAAUCGUCUUAUGGACUAAAGCUACGUGGGCUUUUGACAAGGGAAGUACAAAAGCAAAGCGGUCGUUAUUCCUCGUAAUGGCGGUCGGGAGUAUUCGGGUGAAGAUCAAAGUCGUUGUUCGCUGUUAGAUGUUCCUAACACAAACAACAUUGUACAGAUGAUAUUGUGUUUUUGUAAAGGUGGAGCAGAACACCUUCCUUGUGGUACGACAUGAACUUUUCUGUCAAAGAAACUAUAGAUGCGCUGUCGCUGUUCUUUACCAUCAGUGAGAUUAUUGAACUUUUCUAUUGAAGAAACUAAAGAGGUUCUGUUCUUUUAUUUCUGUAGCAGAAGCGUGGGUGUACUUUUCAAAUGCUCGCAAGUUCAGUUAUAUUAUGUAAGAUGCAUUUACGACUGCAAUAAAAAGUUCACCAUCACAAUGA